CUACUGUAUCACUAAAUUUUAUAAAAUUAUUACAAUGUUGCGUCGUAAAAACCAACGAUAUCGUGAAAUAGGAGAGGAUACUAGAAUUGCUGUUAAUUUAACAAUUAAAAAGUUAAUGAAUACAAUUGACCAAAAAGAAUUAGAAUUUCCCUCAUCGUAUACUGCUGAAGAAAGAGCUUAUAUUCAUAAUUUAGCUCGUCAUAUAGGUUUAAAAUCAAAAAGUAGAGGUCGUGGAUCUAACAGAUUUUUGACAGUCUAUAAACGAGAAUGUUCCACAAUAGUUCAAAAGGAUGCAGUUAUUAAAUUAGAAAAAUCAUCAAGACAAUCAAUUUAUAAUUUAAUUAAGAAAUUUCCUCUUGAUAAUAAGGAACGUAGAGACUUAUUGCCUCCUACUGAAAGAGAAAGAACAGUUGAAAAUGAAGUUAAUACUAAUACUAAGGCAAUGGGAAGAUUAAAUAAUAGUAUACCACAAGUUCCUCAAUUAAAAGUUAAUUAUGAUAUAUUGAAUUUUCGUAAUUCAUUGACUGUAAUUAGUAAAAAAAAAGAAAUCAUACAAACACUAUCUACUAAUCAAGUUAUUAUUAUAUUAGGAGAAUCAGGUUGUGGAAAAACAACACAAAUUCCUCAGUUUAUUUUAGAAAAUUGUCAACAAAAUAAUCAAGCAUGCAGAAUAAUUUGUACUCAACCAAGAAGAUUAUCAGCUGUAUCGGUUGCUGAAAGAGUAGCAUUUGAAAGAGAUGAAAAAAUUGGACAAACAUUUGGUUACCAAAUAAGAUUAGAAAGUAGAGUUGCACCAAAAACUCUUUUAACUUAUUGUACCAAUGGCGUUCUUUUAAGAACAUUAAUGGGUGAAGAUUCAGCUUUAGGAGUAAUAACACAUAUAAUUGUAGAUGAGGUUCAUGAACGAGAUAGAUUUUGUGAUUUUUUAUUAAUUGCAUUAAAGGAUGCUCUUAUAAAAUAUAGAUCUUUAAAAGUGAUUUUAAUGAGUGCAAAUAUGGAUGUGUCUAUAUUUGUAAAAUAUUUUAAUAAUUGUCCUGUCAUUAAUAUACCUGAAAAACUAUAUGAUGUAGAUAUUUAUUACAUAGAUGAUAUUUUAAAAAUAACUAAUUAUAUAACUAAAGAAAUGUUAAUGAAAGAAAAAGAAUUUAUAAAUAAUAAACAAAAAUGUGAGAUUUUAGAAUCUUGGAUUCAGUAUACAUUACAAUUAUCAAAAUCUAAUAAGAAUAAACAAAAAUCUUUUUUAGUACCAAUUUUAAAACAUAAUGAAACUAUUUUAGAAAAAGUUCAAAUAAAAUCACGGAUAAUAGAAAAAAUAGAUAAAUGUAUGGCUGAUGCAUGGUUUUUUAAAGUGGAAGAUGAUUUGAUUCAACUCUUACAUUUUAUGAAUACAGAAAAUAUUUCUAUAGAUUAUCAACAUUCAGAAACACUUGUUAGUGUGCUAAUGAUUGCUGCAGGCCAUGGAUAUUUAAAUAUUAUAGAACAACUUCUUAACAUUGGUAUAAAUGUGAAUCUUAGAUCUUGUAAUAAUUGGACUGCUUUUGAUUGGGCGAAACAUAUGAAUCAAUUAGAAUGUGCUGAAUUAAUAAAAACUUACAUGACAACAUAUGACUUUAUACUGCAAGAAGAUGAAUUAUCAAAUAUUCAAAAUGUAUCUAUUUCAGAAGACAAUAAAAUUUUACUUGAUAUUUAUUAUAACUCAUUUAAUGAUAAAAAUAUUGACUACAAUCUUCUUUUAAUGUUGAUUGUACAUAUUCAUUUAAAAAUGCCUUUGGGAUCAAUUUUAGUAUUUUUACCAGGAUAUGCUGAUAUUAUUACUAUGAGAGAAAAAAUUAAUGGUGAAAAUAAGUUAAAUCAAGGUAAUCGUUAUAGUUUGUAUAUUCUUCAUUCAAAUAUGCAAACAAGUGAUCAGAAAAAAGUAUUUAAACCUAGUACUCAAGGUUUUCGAAAAAUUAUUCUUUCUACGAACAUUGCUGAAACUAGUAUAACUAUUGAUGAUGUUGUGUAUGUUAUUGAUUGUGGAAAAAUAAAAGAAAAAUCAUUCGAUGCUGAAUCUGGUAUUUGUAUGUUUCGCUCUAAUUUAAUAUCACAAGUAAGUGCUCAGCAGCGAAGCAGACGUGCUGGUAGAUGUCGAAAAGGUAUAUGCUAUCGAUUAUACUCUUUGUUUCAUUACUGUAAUAUGCAACAAUAUCAGACUCCAGAAAUCUUAAGGUUACCUGUACAGCAACUUUGUCUUUAUACAAAGCAUUUGGCACCUGGAAACACACCUAUAGUUGAUUUUUUAGAAAGAGCUGUUGAGCCUCCUUCAAAUUCAGUAACCAGAAAUGCAGUCCAAUUACUUAAAACAAUUGAUGCAUUAGAUCCAUGGGAAGAUCUUACUGAAUUGGGAAGUCAUUUGCUUGAUUUACCGAUUGAACCACGUUUAGGGAAAAUGUUACUUUAUGCUGUUGUUUUAAAAUGUUUAGAUCCUAUAUUGACAAUAGUAUGUAGUUUAGUGUAUAAAGAUCCAUUUGUUAUUCCUUGCCAGUCUAAAGAAAAACAAGCAGCAAUGCUUGCUCGUAAAGAAUUUGCUGCUAACACUUAUUCAGAUCAUAUGGCAGUUUUGAGAGCUUUUCAAAUUUGGCAGAAUUCAAGAGCAAAUGGUUGGGAAACAGUAUUUUGUGAAAAAAAUUUUGUAUCAGCUGCAGUAAUGGAAAUGGUUGUUGGUAUGAGAACACAGCUUCUUGGUCAACUUCGAGCUUCUGGUUUUGUAAAAGCUAGAGGAUCAGGUGAUAUUAGAGAUUUAAAUUCUAAUUCUGAAAAUUGGGCUGUUGUUAAAGCAGCUUUAACAGCUGGUUUGUAUCCAAACUUAAUUAGAGUAGAUCGAGAACAUGAUCAAUUGAGAACACAAAAAGAAGUACAAGUUGUUUUUCAUCCAACAUCUACUUUAAGAGAUUUUUCAAAUUUAUUUUAUCAAUCAAUGUCAACUCCAACACAUACAGCUAAUGUAAAAUCUUUACCUUCUGAUUGGUUGCUUUAUGAGGAAAUGAGUCAUUCGGGAAAAUUUUGUCAUGUUCAAACAGUCACUAUAGUCAAUCCAAUUACUGUAGUAUUAUUUAGCGGGCCAGCACGAUUACCAAUGGAUGUUAUUUUUGAGGCUGAAUCUAUACCAGAAAGUGAGUCUGAUUCAGAAGUUGAUGAAAGCUAUAAAGGUACGACAGUAUUAAAACUUGAUGAUUGGAUAAUAUUUAAUGUUGAUCCAGAUGUUGCAAAAUUUAUUUUACACUUAAGACAAAAAUGGAAUGCAUUAUUCUUACGUCGUAUGAAAAAUCCUAAUAAAAUAAUGUCUCAGUUAGAUGAACAAGUCAUUAAAACGUUGAUAACAGUUAUUACUAAUGAAGAACAAGCAUGUGGACUACAACAACCAUUGGGUAUAGGUCAAAGACCUCGACCACUGCUUGUUGAUUAUUAUCCUGCCAGUUCCAGACGUUCAGAAGAUUAUGAAGACAAAAAUAAUUAGUAUUAAUCAUAUAUGUAAUUAAUGGCAUAAAGAAUACUCAUUAAUUUAAGUGUAUUAAGUUUAAUAA